AUGUGCGACUUACUCUGGUCUGACCCAGACGAUAGAGGCGGUUGGGGAAUUUCUCCUCGAGGAGCCGGGUACACUUUUGGCCAAGAUAUCUCGGAAACUUUUAAUCACAGCAACAAUUUGACUCUAGUUUCCAGAGCUCACCAGCUGGUGAUGGAGGUAAAUAUCGUUGUUUUUCCACCUUCAAUGUGUCACAGGCUAUUUUUACAUCAUUUUAUGAUCUAUAUUUAUCCUUUAUUGAUUUUUCAGGGCUAUAAUUGGUGUCACGACCGUAAUGUCGUUACCAUCUUCAGCGCGCCAAACUACUGUUAUCGCUGUGGAAAUCAAGCAGCAAUUAUGGAGUUGGAUGACGCCUUGAAGUAUUCUUUUCUGCAGUUUGAUCCAGCACCUAGAAGGGGAGAACCUCACGUCUCCCGUCGUACGCCUGAUUAUUUCUUAUAAAAUCAGAAGGAGCAUGGUUUUAUACCGAGGCAAUGUGUUGUGUCCUCUCCAUUUUUUUCAACAGUUAAAAAUAUUAUAUAUAUUUAAAUACUACGUGUUUAGCAUUGCCGGUUAUCAUUAUUUUCAAUACAAAUUUAAAAGAGUCGAUUCCGACAGAUGGCGUUAUUAGUUAUUUCUUAGGGACUAUGUAAUGAUGCAUCUAGACGGAAGAACUUUCGGGAGGAUAGAAUUUAGUCACGUGACCCUAAAUGACAUCCUUAACGGUGUUUUUUGUCGUUUUUAAACUAUAUUUAUGAGUAUAGAAGAUGGAGAGAUCAAUGACAUCCGAAGAACUAGUUGGUUUAUUAUAUUUCGAGAAAAAUCCUUAUGAUUAUAUGAAAUUAGAGGAACAAUUAGAAUAUCAUAGAAGUAUGUGCGAAUUUGGAAGUGAAAGAAUUGAUCAUUGCCCUCUGUGUUUUAAAAACUUAGACAAGGAAGCACCAAAGUAUAUUCUCUCAUUUAUGGAUUGUGCUAAAGGUGAUCGUUUCAUUUCUUGGAUGAAAAAUAAAUGUGUAUUUGGUUUUCCUCAAUUUGAAUCGAUAUUAAAUCACUACGUUACAUCAUGGCAAUUUACUGAACUGCAUCUUGAUAGUUUAAAAAAAUGUGGUGGAGAGAGUUCUAUACCUAUUGAGCUAUUUACCCUGCAACAUGUUACUUGGCUUUCUCUUAGCCAUAAUAAUUUAGAGAGAAUUCCUCCAGAUAUAGGUCGAAUGGAUUCAUUAGAACAUCUUGUUUUAACUGGUAAUAAAUUGGAUGUAGCAUCCUUACCAAGAACAUUGACUUUCUGCAGAAAAUUAAAAACUCUUUUGUUAGAUAAUAAUUUAUUAGACGCCUUACCAGGAUUUUUACUGUCAAUGCCUUCAUUGAUUACAGUACAUCGACAUGGCAAUCAUAAUUAUUUUAAAUCCACUUUUAUGUGGUAUCAUACAGACGUUAACGAAAGAAUUUUAAAGGUGGCUAAAAGUCACACACCUCGAUAUUACUCCGCCCUUUCACUUCAAUUUCUGGCAGCUCAAGCUUUAAUAUCGUCUCCAACCGAAUAUCUAACUGAUAAAAAUAUUCCUCCAUCUCUGAAAGUGUUCCUUGCCGAAUCCUUCAGACGUUUUAACAUAUGCGAACAUUGUAAAAAAGCAUUUUUAAAGCAAAGUGAUGGAUAUAAAGUUAUAACAUUUAAGAAUCCUUAUCUCGGAAACACCUGUGUACCAUUUGAACAUUGGGCUUGUAGUCUAGAAUGCUCAAGAGCAAUAGAAAUACCAGCGAGAAAGGAACAAGUAGAAGCAUCUAAAAGAGCUGAUAAGGAAUACGAAAGAAAAGUAAAAUUUCACGAAAAAGACAUUGGAAUUAGAUCUGGUAUAAAACCUAAAAUGACUUAUAAAAGAAAAGUCUCGUGUUAUGCAUGUACAACAAUACAAAAAUAUCAUAAAGAUAUUGAAGGUAAAACUCUUCAACUUGACUGCAAAUACUGCGCUCCUGGAUUUAAAGUUCAUAAAAAGUGUACGAAUUCAACCGAUACAGUUUGUAAACCAUGCGAAAAUGGUAAAACAUUCUCAGCGAGAAGGAGUUUAAGGCAGAGAUGCAAAAGAUGUAGCGAAUGCAUUUAUCCAUCAAGGGUAGUUAAGGAGUGUACAGUUACAUCAGACACGAAAUGUGGGAGAUGUGAUCGAGGAUUUUACUGGAGUUACGAAUACAAUAUAUGUCGUCGAUGCUCUUAUUGUUUCUUGGGAAAUCCUAAUAUUAGAGCUUACAAACUGCAUGCUUGCGCUCUUGAUGGUAUGCCAAGAAAUUUUCAAUGUAUCCCUAUUCGUAAUGGACCUAAAGCUCCUAUAUUUGAUUUAAAGAAGCUACGAAAACUAGAUAAAAGUGAUGAUGAUAGAAAGUAUGAGAGUUUCAGUAGUGGCGAUGGAAGAUAUUUCCUGGACGACGAUGAGGAUGUGACACAAGAAGCAUUUGAAACGCCACUAGUAAAGAGACGUCUUAAAAAAAGACAUCUUACUGAGGAAAAAUUGAAUACCAAUCCUGAAGGUUCCGUAAAAACUAAACAAUUGAUGCUGUUAUAUUUUAAAGAGGGUUUGUAUCAGAAUAAAGUUUUUAUAAUCUAUCUUGCUGUAGUAUUUAGUAUUGCAUUAAUUGGACUAACUGCUCUUUGGUUUUCUAAAUGCAAAAAGUUUAAACCAAAAUUGCAACUGAAUUGA